CUGCUCCCACCCACCAGAUCCUUGUCCAUCCUCACAUUAACGUGCGGUGCCCGCCAGGCAGCUCCAGUGUCUUUCACCUGAAGGACAGCCACGACCACCAGGAGCCUCGGCGUUCCUCAGACAGGAUGGGCCUCCUGCCACUGCUCACCUCCACGCUCCUGUUCAGCUGGACAACUUUGAAUGCAGCCACCCCAGCUUUAAAAAUAACGAAAGUGGACCUGUCCAUCGAGCCCAAUGCUACUGUGAAGAGAGACGCCAACGUGGUUUUGAGAUGCAAGGCCGAGGUUCUGGCCUUCGGGACGGAGGCACUGAAUCGUGUGUACGCCAUAUACAAAGAUGACAUUGUAAUCUACAACAAGACAACCAGCUCCUCUGAGGAUUUGCUCUACCGCCUGCCUCAGGCCAGAGUCUCCAACAAUGGCAAGUACAAGUGCAAGAUAAGCAUCAUGGGAGAGGUGAAGGCCAGUGAAGCUGCAACACUCACAGUGGAAGGCAUGUCAGAGCCCAAACUCCGCCUCAACAAAGUUAAUAUCACCGAGGGGGAAUCAGUAACAGCCACAUGUUUAACAUCAGAAGAGACGGGUUCCCUUUGGUUCAGCUUCUAUGAUAACUCCAAGGAAGUCGAAAAUGCCAGGGUGACCUCCAACGAACUCACGUUUGUCCCUAAAGGCGUCGGGAUCCACAUUAUUCACUGCUCCUACUUGGUCCUUGUCUUGCCAAACUCAUUCAGGUCCCAAAAAAGCAACACAGUCACUCUUACCGUUGAAGAACUUUCCAUCGAACCAGUCCUGAAGAUUUCCCCUCAGGAUAACGUCUACGAAGGUGACACUCUCAACAUCACUUGCUCGGUUAGUAAUGUUACGAAGGACCACCAAGCUGGAGAGCUCUUCCUGAGUCAGGACACCGAACUACUCAAGAGUGGAAGAACAUCUAUCCAUGUUAACUGGACUGCACAUGCAAGAACCCCAAUGCUUACCAUUAAAUGCCUGCUGUAUCUGAGAGAUGUAGAAAAAGUCGUCAACAAGACAGUUUCAGUGAGCGAGCUGUUCUCCGUGCCCACUCUCAAGAUGUCUGCUCUCGAAGUCUUCCAAGGCGAUGAAAUUAGUCUGACAUGCAGAAGUGAGAAACUGUCUUAUGAUAGACUUGAAGGAGAAUCCCUCAUUUACAGUCUUGAACCUUUUGACUACCAUAUGGUUCGAAAAGGGAACGGAGUAUUCGUUGGUAAAGCCAAGACAAUUGAUUUCAACUAUACAUGUACAGCUGCUGCAAAGGGCAUCAAGAAGAAGAGCAAUGUGCUGACAAUUCGUCCUAAAGUUCCUGUCUCGACUCCACAGAUCUGGGUCUCUGGCACUGCAAUCCUCGGGAGGAAAGUUGAAAUCUUCUGUCAGUCAGGCACAGGCACCCCACCCAUUACAUACACCCUGUGGAAGGCUAACAAACAACACCAAAUUACCGUUGUUCAUGAGUUCAAUAAAGCUGCUAACUUUACAAUCGUCAUCAAUGAACCUGGCGGACUAAACCACUACCUUUGCACAGCAAGUAAUGGGGAGAGGAAGCCUGAACUAAGCGACAAACUUCAAACACCUGUCAUUGAGCCAAUGACUGAAGCAUAUCUGAUGGUCGUUCCUGACCUCAAUGACAUUUCCGAAGGACAUACGGUCAUCCUCAUUUGUUCUUUCUUGGGCACCCCACCUGUAACAGUGAGGUGGCUCCGGGACAGCGACGACCUAAAUCCACUGAAGACCACAACCACAAAUUUUAACAACACAAACUACGAAUUCGUUGUGAAUAAGGAACACACCGACAAUUACUACUGCCAGGCUGAGAACCGAGCCAACUCUGUUGAAAGUAAUAAAAUCAACUUAGUAGUCGGCAUGGCCAUGUGGAAGAAAUUGCUGAUUCCCGGGACCGUAAUACUGGUGGUGUCCUCACUCGUGAUGGUGGGCUUUAUUCUCUUCACAAGAUCCAGGAGAGGAAAAAGAGAAAGAGCUGCUGAAUUGUCAGUAAAGCCUGCGAGCCCUAAAUCAGAUGACUCUUUAACAGUGACUCUAACCCACGACACAGAGGUUUAUAAUGCAGCCACAGACGCAGCGUCGUUCUAUGAUGAGAAGGAGGGGAGAGUGACCAAUGGGACGCGAGGUAGUGUUGCAUCGCUUCCUGCAGACAUCAGCAACAGGAGCAGCUACAGUAUCCCAGCAACAGUGUAGAGGCAGAACGCUCUAUCUUUAAAGAAAAUCAAAAUCUGAAAGACUUAAGAGACAAACACGGGAGACAGAAACACUUUCCUGAUGUUUACGACAUUUUGGAGGACAAAAUUGUUUUCCCUGCAAAAUGGCAGACCCUGUUUUGGUUUUUAUUAUUUUUUUAAGAAAAAGAAAUAAACUAGGGCCCACUGUUCCCUCUCCUCUCCUCUUUCAGUCAUUGUCCUAACAAUCAUUUUUUGGCCUUUGUGUCGUUUUCCUGUGUGACUGCAUGCCCAUUUUUUAUUUCAUCUGUUCAACUAAUCUACAUGAAGUAAACCUGAUAGCACUGAUCUGUAUACAUUACAACAGGAAAUGUGUGUAUAUAAAUUUGGUUGAUCACUGGACUGAUGAUGGAGAGCAGUUCUAUAGAAUAAAGGUGUUUAUUUUAUUUA